UGCAUCGGGAGACAGAAAUCCUCCCAGCGCUCACUUGCCUCUUUGCUGUUCUCUCUCUCACUGUUUCUCUCAGUUUCCCAUCUGUAUGUGAUUUGGGCCCAGCUCAAGGGAGAGGCAAUCCCACAAGGGGAGAGAAACCAGGACUGGGAGGGAGGAGAGAGAGGAGAGAAAGAGAGGAAGUCCACAAAAGUUAGUGUUACAGGAUUCAGCCAGGGCCGGGACAGGGGGCAGUGCUGCAUCUGGACAUCAGGAGGAGUGGAAAAGUGUAGUUCCAGGCUGAAGAAGCUCAGAGGACACUGGCCGUGACAGAGGGAGAGGGGGGAUCGCUGGACAAACACAAAUAUGGCUGCUAAAUCCCUUUCCUGCCUCUGCCUCGUCUCCAUCCUCUCAGGAAUUGUCUGUCCAACGUCUGCCACCAAGUUUGGGGAACAGCAACAGCUUGUUCUCAAAGUGUGUGCGAAGGGUUCUUUCCUCAGCCAACAAAACGUCUGCCUUCCAUGUAACUGUAAAGGCCACGCUGACUACUGUGAAGACAUCACUGGCAUUUGUGUCAACUGCAGGGACCACAGCACGGGGGCGUUUUGUGAAAUGUGUGAAGACGGCUACAUCCAGAGCUCCAGACAGGAUGGGCAACACGCCUGUGAACCCUGCUCCUGCCCCAUCUCUAGCGACUCUAAUAACUUUGCUGUGUACUGCAAAAAAGGGGCUAGCACUCUGCAGUGCAAGUGCAAAGAGGGCUACGCUGGAAAUCACUGCGAGAGGUGUGCUCCAGGCUACUAUGGCAACCCGAUGCUGAUUGGUUCAUCUUGUAAGAGGUGUGACUGUAACGGCAACACUGACCCUAACCUGAUCUUCAACGAGUGCCACAACGUGACCGGCCGCUGCCAGCACUGCUGGGGACACACGGCCGGUGCCAGCUGUGAGAGGUGUGCCCCGGGGUUCUACGGCGACGCCAUCAGCGCCAAGAACUGCCGAGAGUGCGAGUGCGACAAAUGCGGCACCUCCUCGUGUGACGACAGGACAGGAGUGUGUCACUGUAAGCCGGGAGUCAAAGGACGCCUGUGUGACCAGUGUGAGGAGGGUUACUUUGGCUUCUCCGGCUGCCAGGGCUGCAGGAGGUGUGAAUGUGGGCCAGCUUCCCUACGGACGACAUGCCAUCCACUUACCCACAGCUGUCCGUGCCGCCCGGGGGCAGGAGGCCGUUACUGCGAGCGCUGCCUCCCAGGAUACUGGGAUUACAGUCCUUCCGGCUGCCAGAAGUGUGACUGUGAGAGCGGCCACUGUAAUAUGCAUACAGGGGAAUGCCUGGCAGAGGCUACAAUCAAUCUCUGCAACAACAGCUGUGAUGACUGUAUAUGGCAGCUGAUCAGGGAUUUAAGGUUGUCCAAUAAGACUCUGGACCAGCUAAAAGUUGGAGUGCUGAACAUCUCAACUGGUGCUGCUGCUAACGACAGGCUCAAAUACUACAACUACACUGCUCAUCAACUCCAGAGGCAGUUUCAAGUCUGGAGAAAUAAGUCAUCUGUAAUGAAAGGACGGACUGAUGAGCUGGAAGAGGCUACCGACAACGUGCAGUUGGACAUCAAAGAGCUUGGAGCAUUGGAGAGGCUGAUGAACAGUUUGGGGAAUCAGCUGGAAACUGAGACCCUGAAGAGUUUCACCUUGGCUGAGCAGCUCGGCACUAAUCUCACAGACCUCAAUGCCCGCAUUGAAGAUAUGAUCCAUGACUGGGAACUGUACAACGUCCAGCAGGAGACAGAUCCAGAGCUAGUCAGACGUAGUACAGCGAUGGCCUACAACAUGAUGUCAUGGAUGAGACAGCUCGACUUGUCCCCACAAGGGCCAAUCGCUACAGAUGAAACAACCGAAGCCCACGACUUGCUGACACGCAUCCGUCAGUUGGAAAAGAAACUGAUGAUCACAGAGGGCCGACUCCCGUCUGUCAGAGAGAUCCUGUCCCGCUUCUCCACCAGGCUCUCAGAAGCCCAGGACUUUCUCCUUAAUGCAGCCGGCACUGUGCAAAAGGCAGAGGACAAGAACAGAGCCAGCCUCCUGAAAUUCCAAAGAAGGGAGGCAAAUAAGCAGAGGCUGACAGAGGACCAACUGGCUGUCAACAGCACACUGGAGAUGAGCCAAGUUUUCAUUUCCGAAACCGAGAGGACUGUGGCAGAAGUGGAUGCAAUAGCACAGAAUGUGAGAGAGUAUCACGCCGAGAUUGAUGGGGCUGAUCAGAAGCUGACAGAGAAAAUGAAGCGUCUCUCGGAGGUAGACCGGGAUCUUGUUCAGAGGGCCGAUGAUCAUGCUGCGGAGCUGGAGAGACAGGCCAACGAGCUGGAAGAGGAUCUGAAACAAAGUGAUGCCAAUGGCUUCGUUCAGAGGGCAAUAAGCGCUGCCAAUGUUUAUAACAACAUAGUGAAAUACAUCGACGAUGCCAACAUCACUUCGCUCACCACGUUCAACUUAUCUCAGCGAGCAGAAGAUGCCAUCAAUGGGAUUAAAACCCAGCUUGGAUACCUAGUGACACAGAGUGAACAUACAUUCCGGGAAUCUGUUUCACUGCGAUCAGAACAGCAUGACGCCAAGACUCAGGUGGCUGACAAAUUAACAUACAUCGAGGAGACUCAGAGGUCCAUGGAAAAAAAGCAGGAAAAACUUGAAGAGAUAGCAAAAGACAUCAGGGUGAUUCAGUCAGACAGAACCCCACAACGUCUGAACUUUUCCUUGGAAGUGGCAGAAGAGACUCUCAACCGCUCAGCAGAAGUCCUUCAAACCAUCACUCCAAUCAACAACAAAGUGCAGCAGUGGGCUCAUAACAUGAGAAACAACGAGUACUCCACAGCUGCCUACGAACGUGCUGUUGUGUCUGCUGGGGAAGCAGUGAAAAACCUGACAAUGCUAGUUCCUGAGUUGCUGGACAAGCUAAAGGUGGUUGAAGACAAGAAGCCUGUCAACAAUGUGACCACAAACAUCAUGAGGAUCAGAGAGCUUAUUGCACAAGCCAGAAGUGUGGCCAAGAAAGUUCAGGUGUCCAUGAAGUUUACUGGAAAUUCUUCGGUUGAGGUCCAUCCACCCAGCAAACUGGAGGAGCUGAAGACAGCGACAUCCAUCAGCCUCUUCAUGAAGGUGGACCCGGACAAAGACCCCAUAGAGGACCGGUUCGUCCUGUAUUUGGGAGACAGAAAUGGCAAGAAGGACUACAUGGGCUUGGCUAUCAAGAAUGACAAACUGGUGUUUGUGUACAAUCUCGGGCGUGACGAUGUUGAAAUCCCAUUGUCCUCCAAGCCUGUCAGUCAGUGGCCGGCAGUCUUUAACUACAUCAAGAUAGAAAGGUUGGGGAGACAUGGAAAAGUCUUCCUGACUAUUCCCAGUCAGGGCCUCACAGAUGAGCAGAAAUUCAUCCAGAAAGGAGAAGCUCCCACCACAGACUCCCUGUUCGAUAUCGACCCCAAGAACAUAGUGUUCUUCAUUGGAGGUGUCCCACCAGACGUAGAGCUGCCACCUCCUCUGAGUCUUGCCCCUUUUGUGGGCUGCAUCGAGCUGGCUUCCCUCAACAAUGACGUCAUCAGUCUUUAUAACUUCAAAGAGACUCACCUUUUAAAUGUAGCUAUUUCCCCUCCCUGCCCCAGGUACAAGCUGGCGUUCUCCCAGAGUCGUGUUGCAAGCUAUCUGUUUGAUGGAACGGGCUACGCACUCAUCAGUGACAUUAUGAAAGUGACCCUUAGUCCUGUCAUAAGAUUAGAUAUUUCUGUGCGAACAAUCACAAACAACUGUGCCAUUUUCCUCAUGGUCAAAGGGGAAAAAUUUUUCCUUUUAGAAAUAAAGAAUGGCUUCCUGCGACUAACGUACGACUUUGGUUUUGAUGAUGGACCAAAACUGCUGGAGAAUAACUUACCAAAGUUUCAAAUAAAUGACGCUAAAUACCAUGAGGUGUCAGUGAUCUACCAUCAGUCAAAGAAAGUUAUCCUACUAGUGGACAAGACUCUUGUUAAAACUACGGAGAAUCCAAAAACCCCACUGCCUUUCUCAGAUAUUUACAUUGGUGGAGCACCAUCCAGCAUCCUCAAAUCCAGGGUGGAGUUGUCUUCUGUGGUUGGCCUGAAGGGUUGUGUCAAAGGAUUCAUGUUCCAAAAAAGAGACUUCAACUUGUUGGGGGAGCCUGGCACCAUUGGUAUCAGCAGCGGUUGCCCUGAGGAGUCUGUUAUUUCCCGUGAAGCUUAUUUCAGUGGAAAGAGCUACCUUGGAUCCACUGCAAAAAUCACACCGUUUGACAACUUUGAAGGAGGACUUAACUUCAGAACACUGCUGCCUGAUGGACUUCUGUUCUACCACACUGAAGGGUCUGAUGAGUUCAGCAUUGCCCUGGAGAAGGGAGCAAUAGUGUUGAACAACAGAGGGACGAAGGUCAAAUUACAGAAGAAGCAAUACAAUGAUGGAAAAACACACUUCUUAUUGGCUACAGUCAACAAGCAAAGGUAUUUACUAUUAGUGGAUGACAAAGACAGACAGGUGAAAACGUUGCAGUCAUCAGCCACAAAGUCCUCCUCCGAUUCCCCCGUAAAGACCUUUUACUAUGGAGGGUCUCCGAGCAGCAGCUUAAAAAACUUCACUGGUUGUAUCAGCUACACGUACAUCAACAGACAAGACAGAGAUAUUGAAGCUGAAGACUUCCAGAAGCACACAGAAAGGGUGAAUGUUUCCCUGCAAGACUGUCCAGUUCAGCGGCCUCCCGCUGCCCUGAUGUCACUGCACAGGGAAACUUCGAAAGCCAAACAGAGCCCGUCCCAGAAGGUUGCCAGAGAUAAGUCCAGUCAUGUUCUGGAACUGGCCAGCUCUGAUCAGGUGCCAUCAGAGCCAAACAUCCAGUCAUGCUACUUCUCCCCAAGUCCAAGAUCAACACGGCAAGCCUUUCAAUAUGGCGGUGUUGCCAACAGCAGGCAGCACUACGCAGUUGUCCCCGAUUCUCUUUCUAAGAGGUUCCAUAUCUCUCUGUCCCUAAAGAUCCAAUCAGCCUUCGGCCUAAUCUUUUAUGCAUCCGAUGACCAAGAGGACAACUUUAUGGCUCUGUUUGUGGCCAAUGGAAAACUUGUAUUUAGUUUCAGUGUGGGAGACAAAAAAGUUCAAAUUAGAACUGAAGAGAAAUAUGAUGACGGUGCAUGGCACAGUAUUGUUUGUGUCCGUGGUGGGAGUAUGGGUCGACUAAUAAUCGACAAAUUGACAGUGUUGGAAGACAGAGUUCAGACAGGCAAUGUUCCCUGGAAUGUCAGUGACUUCCUGUUUGUCGGAGGUGUUCCUCCUGGGAAAGCGCAAAGGAACAUUCAGAGAAACUCUGCAUACAGCUUUACUGGCUGUUUGAAGAACCUUCAGCUUGAUGGACGAAGGCUGUCAACUGUGGCUGAGACUUUUGGGGUCAGUCCAUGCUUUGAAGGACCCUCUGAGGAUGGAACAUAUUUCUCAGAGCAGGGGGGCUAUGUGGUUCUGGAUGAAUCCUUCGAGCUGGGGUUGAGGUUCGAGUUAGUAAUGGAAGUGCGCCCUCGUGUGGCAUCAGCCGUGCUACUACAUGUCCGUGCAGCAAAGGGUUAUUUUGUAAUGUACAUUCACCAAGGAGCGGUGGUUGUUCUUGUAAACGAUGGCAGGUAUGAGUUCUCUACAAAGGUAUCACCAAGACAGGGGGUAUGUGACGGCACCUGGCACAGAAUCACAGUGAUCCGGGAUGCCAAUGUUGUUCAGCUGGACGUGGACUCUGAGAUCAAACAUGUUGUGGGACCUGUGAACCCCCAUUUUACCGACACCAGGAAGCCAGUGUUUAUCGGUGGAGCUCCAGAUCUCUUCCUCCCAGACAGCAUUGCCACCAGGAACCCCUUUGUGGGCUGCAUGAAGAACCUGACCAUCAACAAGAACCAUGUAAGCCUCAGCAAGGCGGUUCUGGUCAGUGGAGCUGUCAGCAUUGGAAGCUGUCCUGUAGCAUAAUGCUAUCUGCUAUCAGUAGUCCCAUUACAGCACUGACCAAACCCAUUCUAGAAUUUUUUUAAUUAUUAUUAUUAUUAAAUAUUAUCCACUAAGAGUGUGCUCAUUUGGUCUAAUGUUUGUUUCUGUGUCUGAGUCACUGUUUUUGUUCUCCACCAAGAGAAUGACCAAAACCUCCAAAUCAAAGUAACAUUUUAAAAUCCGAUGAGAUUGCAAACAUUUCAGGACAAGGAUAUACCCUGUGGAAUGUUUUUAGAAUGUAGACAUCCUUUAUUCAAACUCACCAGUGCAGAAAACACAGACAUUAUUUCAUUGUAAGCUUCUGUGUCCUCAAUAUGUCUGCUUUGGCACAUUUUAUCCACAAUAUCAAGCUAAAAACUUUUUUUGUACUGUUUAUAUCAGGUGAUUAAAAAAUAUUACAUCCAAUUAAAA